AUGAAUUGCAAGCAGGACAGGUCGUCGCCUUAUGUCCUGGCUAGCAAGCCAUCAGCUUCCUUGUCGGCCGUCUCUUCGGCCGCGUCCGCCACGUCAGCUGGUACCUCACGGAGUGGAGGGAGCAGGCUUCUGUUUGGAGAGAUCGAUACCUCGAGUGAGCGAUGUACGCGUUGGCAUACCCACCCACCCACCCAUUCAUUCUUGUCCAGAUAUCUGACGCAGGUACAAUCGAACAGCAUCCGAGAGCUACGCAUCCGUCUGUAGCUUUGUCCUGUGCGACAGCAGCACGUUCCUCAAAUUCUGGCUCGAAGACCGAUGUCGAGAGACGUUUCUCUCUUUUCUUCCAAAGCAUGACCUCGCGAGUCUGAGACUUGCUUGUCAUGACUUCAGCGUGCGGGCUGCGCCGGCGCUCUUCAACGAUUUGAAGAUUACUUUCAAGACGAAUACUUUCACCAAGCCCUCUCGGCUCGCUGCGCUGGAUCGUUUGGGUUUCUACGUCAAGACGGUGCGGUUCGAGUUUCCACAUACAAGCGAGACGUUUCUCCCUCCGCUGGUGGAUCCGGAGACGGGAGCGGAGCUGAGCUUUACGUAUACGCCUCCAAUGCACGAGUCGAGCUCGUUGAAGAGGCCGAAAUACGGCGAUCUAGGGACCACGGAGAUCCUCACCAGGCAAUACCCGCCGAUUUUCCACGCCGCAACGAACGUGCCUGCUUUCGUCCGGGCCUUCUCGGCCUUUGUCAACCUGGAACAUCUCGCAAUCAGCUGUCCGGGCUACCAGGCCGCGCAGAGAUACCGACGCAGCACGGUCGACUACGCGCUCAUCUCCCUCCGCAUCGCCAUUGAGAAGAACAGCCUCAAUGCGCUGGAAGCCCUCACCCUCGCGCCCAUCCAUCCCGGCGGACUCCUGUAUCUCUCCCCCAUGCUGGGCUUUGGCGCCUCCCCGAGAUCCGCAAGUCGCUGGGCGCGCAUCCGCAAGCUCACGAUCCACGCCGAUACCCUCCUCGCCCCAUCACCACCGUCGGCCGCGGACGUCGAACCGGAUCACUUCAAACUCCUCCAGACGUUUCUGCGUAAUUUCCAGCCGAAUCUGCAUACCUUGCACUUCCGGUGGUUGGGCGGCAAAGGUGCCUUUCCGGUCAAGGCAUCUCCCCCCUCCUCCUCCGUAGUGCAGCAGCAGCAGCAGCAGCAGCAGCAGCAGCAGCAGCAGGCGAAGCCUCUCCUGUUCGGCGAGCAUCCCGCCCACCUCCAUCACCCUCCUCCCCCUCCGCCACCGAAAGGUCCAACACCCCUCCACUUCCCUCGCCUCCAGAACCUGUGCGUCUCAAACGUCACCACCACGGCGGCGGAAAUCCGCACUUUCCUUUCGUCCCACAAGCGGAAACUGCAAGACUUGAACCUGGAAGAUUUCCACCUCGCGCGGGGGACUUGGGAUGAAGCGCUUCGACCUCUGACGGCGCGGCAUCGGCAUCGACAGCAGCCGCCGAUGAAGGGGGAAAUUCCCAUCAUGCUGUUUCCGGCCGCGAUGGAGAGGGUGGGAGGCGCGGAGCACGGAGAGGGCGGGGGGAGGUUGAGGAUGUCGUCGACUGCUUCUAUUUCUGCUUGUACUUCUACUUCGACUUCGAGAUGGGGACCUUUGAAAGCGAAGAAGGUCAGGGAGGGGUUAUUGGGGUGUGAGAUGCAGUUGAGGAAGGUGUUGAGGGGGAGUGCGUUUCCUUGGAAAUAA